AUGUCGCCGGGACUGCAGCUGACGGUGGUGGACCGUCUGCUCAGAGACGUCAUGGUGUCGGAAUUACCGUUCGGCGGUAAAUCCAUGCUGUUCGCCGGCGACUUCAGACAGAUAUUGCCCGUGGUCCGGAGAGGGACGAGAACCGAUAUCGUCAUGUCUUCGAUCAAGGAAAACGGUCUUUGGAGCGUCAUGGAGCGCUUCAAUCUGGUGCAGAACAUGCGCGCGGGCAACGACGCGGACUUUGCGUCUUGGUUGCUUCGGCUCGGCAACGGCCAACUGCCCGCGGUCGACGGCGUUCCGGACACCGUGCAAAUCCCGCGGGAAAUGGUAUGCGACGUCGCUGAUUUAAUCGACUUCGUGUAUCCGCAGCAUAUGUCGUUGGCCAACGUCGAAGAAUUUGCUCGGAGAGUCAUCGUGUGUCCCACCAACGAAGAGUGCGGAGAUGUCAACGGGGACGUGCUGGAGCGCGUCGACGGUCGAGAGAUGACCUACACCGGCGUCGACACCAUGAUGGCGGACGAGGCCGACGAAGUGGCCAAUUUCCCCACAGAGUUCCUCAACGCUUUGGUACCGGACGGCCUGCCGCCGUUCCGUCUGAAGUUGAAGGUGGGGUGCAUCGUCAUGUGUGACAACUCGAGUCAUAUCGCUCAUGACCCGAGAGUCAUGUGGUCGAGUUAG